AGGUGCAAACAAACGAUUACAUGUUCUGGUAAAUUUUCUUCAACCGAAGAUGAUUUUUAGUCACGGAUAGAAAAAAAACACGAACUUUAAAAUGGAUCCAAAUUGAAGGACGGGACACUGUUACUUCUGCCAGAGAGGCUGGUGUUACGGAAGUCAAAUCCUCAGUGAUAAAAGGACAGGAGGUCACAAUGGAAGGACAUGGUGCGUUAAAUUCUGCCAAAGAAACAGGUGCUACGGCAGGCAAUGUCACAGUGAUAAAAAGACAGCACGUCGUAGAGUCGGCAACAAUAGAAGGACGUAACGCUGUUAAUUCUGUAACAAAGUCUGGUGCGACGGAAUUCAAUGCUACAGUGAUUAAAAGACAGAAGGUAAUGGAGCCGGCAAUAAUAGACGGACGUGACGCGGUUACUUCUGCCACAGAGGCUGGUGUGACGGAAGUCAACGUAACAGUGAUCAAAGGACUGUAUGUCAUAGAGUCGGAAGCAAUGGAAGGACGUGACGACGUUACUUCUGCAACAGAGGCUGGCCUGAUGGAAGUCGAUGCUACAGUGAUCAAAGCACAGCAAUUCAUAGAGUCGGCCACAAUAAAAGGUCAUGACGAUAUAAAUUCUGCCACAGAAGCUGGUGUAAAGGAGGUCACAGCUACAAUGAUCAAAGGUGAAGAUGUCAUAGAGUUGGUCACAAUUGAAGGAUGUGAAGUGGUUACUUCUGCCACAGAGACAGGUGUGACGGAAGUCAAUGCUACAGUGAUAAAAGGACAGCAGGUGAUAGAGUCGGCCACAAUAAAAGGAAGUGACGCUGUUACUUCUGCCAUGGGGGCUGGUGUGACGGAGGUCAAUGCUACAGUGAUCAAGGGACAGCAUGUCAUAGAGUCGGCCACAAUGGAAGGUCGUGACGAUAUUAAUUCUGCCACAGAGGCUGGUGUAAAGGAAGUCACAACUACGAUGAUCAAAGGUAAAGGGGUCAUAGAGUCGGCCGCAGUUGAAGUACGGGACACUGUUACUUUUGCCACGGAGGCCUGUGUGACGAAACUUAAUAUACAGGCAAAACACAUCAAAGUGAAUUACAAUCAAUUGGUGACAAGUUAAAAUCGGAUCUUACAGGUAUCAAGACACAAAAGGAGGACGAGGAUUUCGCUCUUCAAUGCAACGAUCUUCUCAGCCGAUUGAUCGACCAUUACCGUGACAGUGUUAUCUGCGUACCCCUGUCCACAUUGAACCCCAGUCUCGAUAUACGAGUACAAGACAUCUAUGCCAAGCCAAUAAUACACAGGAUAAAAAUUGAAAAAGAUGGUAAACACGUGAAACAAGAACAAAUAUACAAAUAUAGAGAUUGCUUUUGCGGAGGGGUUAAACGUAUAUAUUUACAAGGCGAGCCUGGCAACGGAAAAUCGUAUUUUGCUGCCAAAUUAGUUCACGAUUGGUGUAAUGUGCAUGCGCUGAUCGCGAAAUCUACAAAAGAACAAAUGAUGUUUGGUGACGUCGAUACCCUUCAGAAAUUCAGGUUUCUGUUUUUCAUCUCGUUGCGCGAUUCGAGAGAACAGACACAUGUAACGCAGAUGAUAAAAACACAGCUCAUCUACAAAAUCUAUGCAGAAGACGAAUGGGAGAGUGCGUACAAACUGGUAUUAAAAAUCAUGAAAAAUGUGAUGUAUCUCGUCGUUCAAGACGGUCUCGAUGAAUGGCCUGGUGAAGAAGUUCUGCCCUCGAUGGACGGAAUUCCUAAGGACCAUUGCAUUGUGCUCACAACUACUCGACCAUGGAAACUCGCUGAUGAACGUAUCAGAAAUUCACGAAUAGACAUUCUGUUUGAUCUAGAGGGUAUAAGCGACCCUAAAGAAUUCAAUGAAAAGAUACUACGAUGCCUACUUGACGAAUCAAAUGAUAUAAAAAAAGCGUGAAGCUGUUUAAAAAAUUCCUCAAAAGUCGCAACCUUAAGUCAAUGUCAUCUUCGCCGAUGCUUAACACUCUUGUCCUCUGUACCUGGGCAGAUGAUAUGGCUGAGCGUCUCACCGGAUCGUCACUGUGUGAACUGUACACUACCCUGCUUGAAAAUCUGUGCAAAAAAAGCUAACUCACAAAUUGGUUAUUUCGAUCGAUAUCACCCAUCGACUACACACUGCUUUUCAGGAACGAAAUAUGUGAAACCAAACAUUGAACAUAUAGAUUCCAUUGCCAAAGCUGCGUUCUCGUUUUUGUUUUCAAAUGAAAAGGAAUCAUCACUAGUGUUUAGCGACACAAACUUGAUGGAUUAUUUGUCUGAAACUGCAAAGCAGUUCGCACUCGAUUCAGGAUUAUUAUCUCAAAGAAAAGGUAAAAAAUGUACUGAUCAAACAUUGUCGUUUGUCCAUAAAACCAUCCAGGAAUUCCUAGCUGCUUUUCAUAUCCAUAGGAAUGCAGACGUAAUUGACGACGUCAUUUCCGGAUAUCUCCUACGCAAUGACAAAUCAUAUCGUGAUAUAUCUCAAUUUUUUAUAUUCCUGUGUGGCUUCAACAUCUCGGCAGCAAAUAAACUAUCUGCAAUGAUGAAUGAGCGUGACGUUACACUGAUUAAUGUGCUAGACGCGUAUUAUAAAUUAGACAAUUAUUUCCAAGACUGCAUCCUCUCGGGUUAUAAGGAGGCUGUAGCCAACAAGAACACUCCAAUAAACAUACAUCUGAGUCACUUUAACUUCAGAAGUGAUAAUGCGGAAGAUUUGAUCCAGAUCUGGGCACUGAACACUACACGUGCUCGAUCUUUAACGGUUUACUGUCGUGGGUUCAACAUACAUGUAACGAGACGUUCACAAGACGCGUCGUCUACAGAUUGUCAUGAACCUGGACAGGUUGCCUUACCUGCACGUGAGGAUCAUGGGCCAUCUACACUAAACGAUAAGGACGGAGUCAGAUCGUCUACAUCUUGUAUCGAGUUUGACUUGUCAUUGUGUCACAACCUCGAACGGCUGGAGCUCAUUGAUGGUGAUAUAACGGUGCAACCACAUGCUUUGGUGGGUCUAAAAAGUUCAAAUAUCUAAGUAUUAAAAAUUAUUGUGAAUAUGAAGCGCUUUACUUGUCACAUUUUGAACAAUUACUGUUAAUUGAUCUGCAAAAAAGAGUAACUUUGUUACCACUCUCUAUUAAUAACUAUAAGACUCUUCAAUGUGUCACACUACAUACAACAUAUGAAGGACUUGAUUUGGCACUGUUUGAAAAUAUAGAGUCGAUAGAUAUCAGUAAUAAAGUGAAAUUGUUACCAAAACCACUUCUCAUACAUAACAAACUUACUCGAAUUGGCUUUAAUGAUUUUGAUUUCAACAGUUUAAACAAUGAGGCCAUUUAUACAUGGUGUCUACUUAAUGGUGCUGAUCCAGCCCAAUGUGCAGACUAUACUCCAAUACUGCCCUCCAUAGAAGUCAUUAUAUUGUGCGGAUUCACAUGUUCAUCCACCUGGCUACGCUGUCUGUUAAGCACGCUGUUGACUUUCGAUCAUAGGGUGGAUUGCAUUCUGGCGGACUGUAACAUAACCUCAUUCGAUCCAGAGGUGAAGACCAGUCUGCGGGGCAAUGACAUGCCAUCGUGUGUGGAGGAUGCAGACAGCAAGACAAAUACAAACGGACAUAUAACAACGGAUUUAAACAAUACAUGUACAUUCGCGUUUAUGUUGGACUCUCUUGGUCUAUGGGAGACUCUGAACAGUCUGAAUGUAAAACAUCUGAGGCUUCAGGGUGAGGGUUUGAAGGUGGAUCAUGUAUCGUCACUGUCACAGUCACUAGCAUCCCUCUCACAGCUGGAAACGCUAACAAUGCAGUUUCUUGUAUUUAUCGACCUGCAGCUUCCCCCAUCUCUGAAGAAUUUGACUGCCUAUUAUGAUGCAUUGUCUCCAGCAGAACUUCGCCACCUGGUGAACAAACUGUCAGCAUGUACUCAAUCAAUUCUGUUUAUAUUGGUAUUCGGUUGUGGUAUUAAAAUAACAGAGGGCACGAUAAAUAACAUUCCACCAGAGGAAUACAUUCCCAUCCAACAGGAACUCCAAGCUCGGGAGCAUGUUGAAGUGAAACGAUUUCGAAUAUAUGACCGGAAACCUAACACCUAUAAAUGUGUUGUUGAUGAUGGUGAUAACAGUGAUGAUAUUUAUGAAUAUGAGCAUUUUAAAAGGUAUAUAAGAUGUAUUUAUGGUGACGUCCUUAAUCGCAUAUCAAUGCGACUUCAGAUUAACUGUGUUAAAGAACAAGCCUAGAUAAAGUGAAGUAAUAUAUGAGUCAUGAAAUUGAUAUUAACAUGAUCAUCAUACAUUUCCGGAAUAGUUUGAAAUAUUGUGUAAAUAAUUAUAUACAUAUAAUUAAACGAACAUUGGUUUGUGCAGUAUGUUGGCUCGGAUACCAAUGCCACUUCCGGUUACCUGUGUUCAAGAUCCAUAUCCAUGAAGAAAUUAAGUAAUACAUUCGACUAAAUGACAGCAAUUUGAUGCUAAAAUGUAUGGCGUGCAUACUUGACUGAUUACGAGUAUGGAAUGUGUAUUUAAAUCUGUAGAAGAGGUAAAUGGUGUACAGUUGUAAAUGAUUCCCGUAUGAAUACGAUCACUUAAUGCCAUUUCUUAUUGUUAAUGUAGUUCUAAUGAUUAUGAUAAUCUGAUGCAUAAGUAAGUUCAGCUGAGUUGUUUAACAUGUUAUUGAUGAUGAUAAUGAGGUUGAAUUUGAUGAUCAUAUGAAGAGCUAAAGGACAAUGAUGAUACAUGAUGACGUGUGUGCAAUUGAUUUGACAACAAUACCAUUAAAAACGACAACAACGGUGCUGUUGUUGUUGAAGCUACCGUAGAUGAUGUUGAUGAUGAUGAUGCUGGUGCUGAUGCUUAUUCUAUGAUGAUAGUGGCUAUGAUGGUGGUGAUGCCGCUGCUGCUGAUAUUGAUGAUGCUGUUGCUGCUGCUGCUGCUGAUGAUGAUGAUGAUGAUGAUGAUGAUGAUGGUGCUAAUGCUAUGAUGAUGGUGGUGAUGAUGACGAUAAUGAUCAUGAUCCUUAGUAUACUAAUAGUGGCAAUUAGUGCUGCUGAUAUUGAUGAUGCUUCUGCUGUUGCUGAUGAUGAUGACGAUAAUGAUGAUUUGACUAGCAUUAAUGCGAUUCCAUUUGGUUUCGAAAAUAUUCAACCUAUCAUAACUAAAGGAUAUCUCUUUCACAAUUAGAAUGUUUAAUUUCCUGUGUUUUAUGUCAAAAAUAAUAAUAAACUUCACAAUUUUAUUAACAUAUUGUGCUUGUAAUGAUUUAUUUCUAAAGCUACCAGUAAAAAGGAUAGUUUAACGUGUAGUUGUUUUGUCCAAGAAAGGAGUCAACCGAUUCCAUAAAAGGUGUAUGUGUUUGCAUUCCAAAAAUAGAUGUUUUAUUUUCUCAAUAUUUUUACCACAUGUGUCAUAAAUUGGACUUGAUUAGCUUUUUAUUAAAAAAAAAUAUUUUCUAGGUCGCGAUAACUCAAAGUAUGUAUUUGUAUUGGAAAUACCAUUCGGUUUUUGUUUUGUAACACACAAUAAUAAUAUAUCUUCUAAGUUUCUUGGGUUAUACAUUUUAUUUGGAAUUCGGAUCGUUCAAUCUGUUUGGCGCUAAUUUGCGUCACUUUUGUGUUUACGUCAUGACGUCAUUUAAUUUGCUACAAAUAGCUUUUUAAAAGCCUAUUAAGGCGAAACAUUUCAGGAAAGAUUAAAAAAAUGUGUUAGUGAAA